AUGACUUCACACUGGUGCGAUUCCUUUUAUUUCGAGUUGGCCGGCACUGAUUGUUGGCCUUUGCGCCUCGAAGAGAAACAGAUAUCAUCAUUUCGACUAGAGGACUUCAACAAGCAAGCAGUCGGAUGCGAGUUUUGUUCAAAGCUAGCAGACUUGAUAGCGUACCGCCUGCGAUAUAAUGCCGCAUUUCUACGCGACAAUGGUGCCGCCACUUCAGAUGAUACCAGUGACUGGAAAACUGCAACAGUGUCCUUCUCCCAUCAGAGCAAGGAAGUCCGCAACUGGGCCUUUGGUUUCGAGGGCGUUACGUCAAGAAAGAUUGUGGCUAUCGCUGUAGUUAUCGGAACAAGGCUGUUGGAGAUUAUUCUUCAAAGGUCUGGUACUGGAGGUCGUGUUCCUGUUGAGUUCUCUUCCGACGGAUAUAGCAGUGAUAGUGUCACCUUUCAACCUCCCAGAACCUGGCGACUUGAUCAACGAGAGAAUUACUCAUCCGAAGACUCUUCGGAUAAGAAAGUAGCAAAGUUGGGCCCAACAAUCGGAAGGAUUCGACCGCUUGUGGUUGAUUUUGAUAAAAUCGCGAGCUGGGUAAAGAUUUGCGAUCAAGAGCAUGAGAUAUGCCAGCACCAUGAAGUGCCUAUCGAAAUUCCACAAUUUCGCCUGAUCGAUGUCGAGAGGAUGUGCAUUGUGCAAGUUGAUUCCUCCAGAAGGCCUCCUUUUGCUACUCUGAGUUACGUUUGGGGUCUAAAGCCGUUUCUGCGGCUCAUCAAGGCAAAUGUGAAGGACUUGCAAGAACCUAGAUGUCUCGAUAAACUGUCAUUACCCUGCACUAUCAGAGAUGCAAUCACUAUAUGUGCUAAACUACAUAUCGAUUAUAUAUGGAUUGACAGUCUAUGCAUCAUCCAGGAUGACGAGUCAGAUAUGAUCCAAGUCAUUGACAAGAUGGACUCCAUCUAUCGUGAAAGCAUCCUUACCAUCGUGGCUGCAACAGGCUCAGAUGCCUACAGUGGUAUUCCCGGCGUUCGGUCUGGAGCUAGAGCCCUUGAGCAACAUCCUCUGGAAAUACGAGGAGUGGAGCUGAUUGAUUCGGUUGACACUGGCCAAUUUCGCUUCCAGGGACCCUUUCAAGAACCACUCUGGAUAUCAAACACACCAUGGGCUAAACGAGCCUGGACCUUCCAAGAAGCCCUCGUUUCCCGAAGAUCCCUGUUCUUUACCGCAGAGCAGGCUUACUGGAGUUGUCGCGAAGGGUUACUCAGUGAGGAUACUACGGAGCAUUUCCCUAACAACGAAUAUCCUCAUCUAGCUAGAAAACGAUUGGACUCUACCUUCAGCCCUCAGGAAUACUUGCAAAUUGCCACUACCUUUUCAACACGGCGACUGACAUACGAGGCUGACAUUGGUCGUGCAUAUCUCGGAACUCAAAACUUUCUCGACAGAAAAUGGGAUGGACACAAGUUCUCGUGGGGUCUACCUCACGGCUCCUUUGGGUCUUUCAUGAUGUGGGAGCGUCCUUCAGAAGACGAUCGACGAAUCCGUACAGGGACGCAUCCCAUCAGACAACGAGACGGAAGCAUAGUCAAAGUACCGUUUCCGAGCUGGUCGUGGAUGAGUUGGAGUGACGGUGGAAAACUCAUCAGCUUCUUUGGCGAUGAACCAGAGCCUCACAGUCCGAAAUUCUAUGUUUUCGAUUCAGCAGCGGAACUACUAGAAGUCUGUGAUGAGUUCACCUGGCCAUCGUCGCUACGAGAUCUCUUGACAGGGGAAUCUGACAUGCCGACCGAGGUGACAGAAGCAGACCUGCCUCAAGAGCUUCACUUGACACUGUCAAUCAGGCACAGCGCUUUGGUAUUUUACACAGAGGUUGUAACAGUCAGAUACAAUCCGUUUUUAGGUACCACAGCAGAGUCUAUGUUUGACGUUCCGAGCGAUCUCAAGAUGAGAAGCUUUGAAUAUCCAUUCUCUAUUCAGAUUGGGAAUGUAUAUCACCGAAUUCUAGAACAAGAUCAGGACAACGACUGUGGGGAUCUUGAGGAGAUCGACCUCGUGGCUGUCUUUAGUGGACAGAUGACCAAACCAAGGAAAUUCAGAGGGCAAUAUAGAUUAUAUUGUUGGCCGGUGCUGAAGAGGGAUGGGGUUCGAAUACGGGCAUCUUACGCGAGUACUGUCAUAUUUCUUACGUUGUGGCAAGCUCUCCCAAGUCGCAGAUGGGAGUUGGUUACUAUGCUAUAG